GUCGAAUGUUGUGAUGUGAAUGUUGUGCUGUGUGUUAAGUGGGUGAAAGUUCACGCGCGGUGUGUCUCUGCAGUCACUCGAAUCAAACGAUCAAUAUUAUAGUCAACAUCACUAUGGCUCUCUUAAGAGGUGUGUUCAUAGUCUCUGCUAAGAGGACACCGUUUGGCACAUAUGGAGGUGUGCUGAGGGAUCACAGUGCUACAGAUCUGGCUGAACAUGCUGCUAAAGCUGCUCUUUCAGCUGGGAAUGUGGCACCAGAGCUGGUCAACAGUGUCAUUAUGGGAAACGUCAUGCAGAGUUCUGCAGAUGCCCCCUAUAUCGCACGGCACGUGGGUCUGCGGUGUGGCGUACCGAUACCAGUGCCAGCGCUGACUGUAAACCGUCUCUGUGGGUCAGGAUUCCAAUCUAUAAUCAGUGGAGCACAGGAGAUCUGCCUUAAAGAGUCAGAGGUCGUCCUGUGCGGAGGGUCAGAGAGCAUGAGUCAAGCUCCUUACGCUGUCAGGAACAUCCGCUUCGGAACCAAGUUCGGAGUUGAUUUGAAGCUGGAAGACACACUGUGGGCAGGACUGACAGAUCUACACGUCAAGAUCCCAAUGGGCAUCACAGCAGAAAACCUGGCAGAGAAAUACCAGAUCACACGUGAGGACUGUGACCAAUACGCCUAUAAGACACAACAGAGGUGGAAGGCAGCUAAUGAUGCUGGCUAUUACAGCGCUGAGAUUGCACCCAUCGAUGUGAAAGCCAAGAAAGGCAAAGUGGCCAUGACGCAAGAUGAACACCCCCGCCCACAGACCACACUGGAGCAGAUGGCAAAGCUCCCCACUGUCUUCAAGAAAGGUGGAACAGUCACUGCUGCCAAUGCUUCAGGUGUGUCUGAUGGGGCCGCCGCUGUGGUCAUAGCCAGUGAGUACGCUCUUAAAGCACACAACCUCAAACCAUUGGCUAGAAUUGUGGCCUAUCAUAGCUCAGGCUGUGAUCCGAGCAUCAUGGGAAUUGGGCCUGUACCUGCCAUCACAGAAGCGCUGAAGAAGGCUGGCCUUUCACUCAAAGACAUGGACCUGGUGGAGGUGAAUGAAGCGUUUGCACCUCAGUAUCUGGCAGUGGCGAAGGCUUUAGGGUUAGACCCUGAGAAGAGCAACGUUAAUGGAGGUGCCAUCGCCGUCGGACACCCGCUCGGAGCAUCUGGAUCGAGAAUCACUGGACACCUCGCUCAUGAGCUGAGGAGGCGAGGUGGAAAGUAUGCAGUUGGCUCAGCUUGCAUUGGUGGCGGUCAGGGCAUCGCCAUCAUCCUGGAAAACAUGAACUAAGACAAAAUAACACACACUUACUGAAUAAACACAAAAACAAGUCAUGCACCAGUGUAUACCAUCCCAAGUAAAAAAUAAAUCCUCAGGACAGAGAAAGUGGUAGAAAAAUAGACUCACAUACGGUUAAUUAUGCAACUAUAAAAUGUUUUAUAACAUGACUUGUUAAAGCGAGAUGAGAAUCUGAUGGAAAGUAACGUUGGUAUGUUCAGAUGUUGAUAAUGUAAUGUGCCUUGCUCUUCUUUUGCCUGUGAAAUAUUCACUCCACUGUGUCACAACACAAACUCUAUCGUAGUUAUGUUCUUUUGUAAAGAAUCUUGUCGGUAUAAAAUAUUGGCUUGACAUCUUGACUAGCGUGAGCCUUGAUUGUUCUUAUCAAUGAAUAAAAAGCUGUAAAACUUU